CCUACCUACCUCUCCGCGGCGCAAGAGGGAUCAUCCCUCUUUGCAACAUUGAAUCAAUAAAGAGGCUCACAGUGACCGCGACGGGUGUCUCUCAUGAGGACCGGUACCCUCCAAAACCCACCACAUUAACCUAGUCCCCCUCAUCCUCGUAUCAGCACGCGCAUUGCUGCGGUACCUUCUCCAUCUUCAGCACUGAUGGAGGAAGAUACUGGAGCUGACUCGAUAUCCCGCCCAGCUUUACAGCUGCAGGCGACUUCGUUUGCUGGCUAUACAGCCCCGUCUCUGUCACCUGCUUUCAAGUUAGAUGAGGGCUACUCGGAUGACACACGGAGCCAGCCAGACAAGGAUCUUAUAUCGGACAAUGUCAUGUCGCUUCCGGAAUGGGUUCUAGCUCAAAGUGAGGCCGACCGAGCUGAAUUCGCAUACAGUCUGCUACGUUCUCUCUCGACUGCAACACUUGCGGGCGUGGUCGACCGUCUGAACCCUCUUCUCCACAUGGACCCCGUCGUGAAACUGCCACCUGAACUUACCUUCCAAAUAUUCUCAUACCUCGACCCCCGCACACUCUUGACGGCGUCGCUCGCAUCUCGCUCAUGGCGCAGCCGGAUCCUAGACUCGGGCCUAUGGCGCGUGCUGUAUAUCCAGGAGGGCUGGCGUGUAGACACCCGCGCCAUUUUCAACUUUGAGCAAGAGCAUGCUGAAGCGAUGUCACCUCAGACCCGCCGUUCACGACCACGAUACUCGGAGCCGGACUUAGGUGAACCUAAACACAAGAAGCGUGUACCACCCUCAUGGUACGACACACGUGGCGCGGAGGGUCAAGGGCCAUCGAAUGGUAAGGUCGAACCCGAUCAUGAGGGCGACCACCACAUGGCGGAUGCGAACGAUCGAGGAUCACAUACCUCGAUGGAGAAAGCAGGGAUUGCGUCACCAAGCCUUGCUCACAACUCAAUCGCAUUUCUUCAGCCUCCUUUGAAAUCGUCGCUCCUCACGCGAACGCCGAACGGAUCCCUUCGGGUGAACUGGGUGCAUCUGUACAAGCAACGCCGACGUCUGGAAGCUAAUUGGCACCAUGGCCGAUUUACCAAUUUCCAGCUGCCGCAUCCAUCCUACCCAGAGGAUGCGCACCAAGAGUGCGUCUAUGCUAUACAGUUCCAAGGUAAAUGGCUAGUCAGCGGGAGCCGGGACAAAUCCAUAAGGGUUUGGGAUCUGGAGACCAAGCGACUCUGGCAUCGCCCCCUGAUCGGGCAUCAAAAAUCAGUAUUGUGUCUGCAAUUCGACCCAAGUCCUGAAGAAGAUGUCAUAAUUUCUGGUAGCAGCGACAGGAGUGUGAUUCUGUGGAAGUUCUCGACCGGGCGGAAGAUCCAUCAAAUCACCAAUGCCCAUGCUGAUUCAGUGUUGAAUCUUAAAUUCGAUCAUCGGUUCCUAGUGACUUGCUCGAAAGACCGAACCGUCAAAGUUUGGAAUCGACAUGACCUCAUGCCCAAUGAUGAGGACUACCCCCGAAUUUGCAAAGGUGGCGGUGCCAGCUACCCAUCGUAUAUAAUCGACCUCAAUGACAUUGCCCCUAACAUGCUUGAGGCUAGCAUCGUCAACGGACAUAUCAAAUCCUUGAAGGCCUAUUCUCUGCUCAUGACUGUCGAAGGUCAUGGAGCUGCCGUCAAUGCUAUGCAGCUUCACGGCGACGAGAUUGUCACCGCAUCUGGGGACCGCAUGAUCAAGGUCUGGAAUAUUCGCAACGGUACUUGCUUGAAGACUCUGAUCGGCCACGAGAAGGGUAUUGCAUGUGUUCAAUUCGAUAGUCGUCGCAUCAUCAGCGGUAGCAACGAUAACACCGUGCGCAUCUAUGAUCAUAUCUCCGGGGCCGAGGUGGCCUGCUUGAAGGGACAUAACAAUCUGGUCCGCACAGUACAGGCAGGAUUCGGCGAUCCACCCGGCGCAGAUGAAGCUCUGCGGAUGGAGGCAAUGGAAGUCGAGACUGCUUUCUGGAAAGCUCGCCAAGAGGGUGCACCAGUUCACCUUGGCCCGAGCGCGCUGCGUCGUGCUGGCCAUUACUCAAAUACCGCGGGAUCUAGAGACCCCCGUGAUAUCCGAGCUCUCGGGGCCAAGAUUCCUCCGGGUGGUGGAGGCAGUCCUUGGGGCCGCAUUGUGUCGGGCUCGUACGAUGAGUCGAUUCUGAUCUGGCACAAGGAUCGUGAUGGCGCAUGGGCGAUUGAUCACAGGCUGCGACAAGCGGAUGCCGCUGCCAAUGCAGCUCGCGGAAAUUUGAGCGAUGCAGCACGAGCUGCUAUUCAAGCACAGGUCCGACAGCUGCAAGCAACUCAAGCGGCUGCAGCGGCGCCUGCACCGCAGCAACCUGCGGCAGCUCAGAACACUGCCGAUCAAGACACCGUCGAGGAUACACCAAACCCACCUGCCACAAAUAACAACCCUCCAGUUCCUCCAGCACCCCAAGAUGGCGGCGCUACCGCUGGACCGUCCAAUACAACCACCGCCACGACUGCUGGCACCACUUCCAACCCCCAUCCUCAACCCGCACAGCCAGUACAAGCCCCAGCCCCAGCACCAGCCCCAGCGCAUCCGCCAGCGGCGGUAGUAGCUGCGGCUGCCGCCGCCGCCGGACAUCAGUUUCACCCACAUCGGAAUAGGGUUCCGAUUCCCACAUCAAGGGUGUUCAAAGUCCAAUUCGACUCUCGCAAGAUUGUCUGCGCGAGCGUAGACCCGCGUAUCGUCGGUUGGGACUUUGCAUGCGGCGAUGAGGAGAUCUUGGAAGCAUGCCAAUUUUUCCGGGGACUUUGAUAGUCUCACCCCACUCCUAUCUCUAUCUCACUUUCCUUUCUCUACUUCAACCCCUCUGCCCCCAUUCGUCCCAACUCAAAAUACCUAUAUAGAAUGGGACUGGUCAAUCUCAGUCUUAUCCCCACUGAGCGCAACACCUCUCACUACACUCUCACCCUCUCCCCACAUACGUUCCCCAUGACCGCGGUACAGCAGCCUGCACCGAAGAUUCUCUGAGCCUACAUAUAUACGCCGCUCCUCAUUGCCUUGCUUUCUUAUAUCAUGCCACCUCUACGUCUACCACCCCAUCCAUGUGCUCGUGCAUUCCCAUCUUAGCCUCAAUGUAAUUCCUUGGUUGCCGUCAUUCCAGGUCCUAGUUUUCCUUUCCCUU